AGUAUACUUUUAUAGGUCCAUGCUAACCACACAUUGGCGGUCGGGCACUGCUUAGUAAUGUCACCUGAUUUUACGCUUAUCUUAUCUAAAAAUUAAUCUAAUUGAAUUCAAUAUUGCAAGUGGCACUGUUAGGUGAACAAUUUAUUAGUUGGCAUGUGGUGUUGCUCAAAUGUGAAAGUGUUUAUAUGAAUAUAUAUAAAUUAGAAUCUCAGUAGUAUUUGGAUUGCAGUGAAAUGGAGUUCCGUAAAAUGCGCAAAUUGUUAACAAGUUUUUCAUUAUGGCUGCUUUAUAUGGUUAUUAGAAUGCCGGUGACCCACGGGCAAGUGGAUUGUACGACAAUAGAUACACUUGAACAAUGCGAAACAGGCUAUUAUUGCGACGGUAACUACAGAUGUAUUAAAUGUGCUCAAUGUGAAAAUUUUGAAACGGUAAAUAAGACCUCCACGUGUCCCAAGACUCUCGAUGAUUGUGGGGAGUGCAAAAACGGAUACGAAUUCCACAGCCCUGGGAAAUGCGUGGAGCAGUACACUUUAAGAAUAUUCUUUUUUUUGGUGGGUGCGGCAUCCAGCACCGCCAUUUUGAUUUUAAUAGUCGUCUGUGCGGCGUUUUAUUGCAUUCGAAAGAAAAAGAAAAGGUCGAAAACUCGUUAUUGCCCAGAAGCCGACUCCGUCAUCAACUCCACCGCAGUGCUGCUGUCGGCACAACACCCGACGGCGCCCCCGCCGCCUUACACAGGUCGCCAACCUCCAUACAACCCUCAAUUUAAUGACAAUGAGCCGUCAAAGCCUCUUAUUCCGUCGAAUUCUUCGCCUUGUGUUCAAGAAAUGGAAAUGGACGGUCAACAAAUGGCGAACCCCUACAGCAACUGUGUCAAUCUUCCACAUGAUAUUAACAGUUACAAUUUUGAAGAAUCGACGGAAGAAUCUAAUGAAAAUUUGUUCGAGAAUGAGGAAAUGGAGGAAAACGUUAAUGACCCAGCCGAUGUACUUAACAAUAACAACCUGCCCGCGGCGGAUCCCGAAGCAGAAUCUCUCCUGUAUGCGUCCCUGCUGAGCGAUAUCACGCGGGUACAAGACAGCAACACAAACGUCGGCAUCGCCGACCGGGACCACGGCAGCGACUCCGACACACCCCGGUCUGGCACCCCCGCGGCCGACGCCUGCGGCUCCCAACACCUCAUUGUGCAAUUUAUCAACAAUAUCUCACCAGUACUUAACUUGCAAGGAAACAACACCAAAACUUACAAUCCUGGUGAUAACGAUAAGACUUACCUACCUAGAAAGUAGAUUAUGAUAAGCUGUUACUGUGAUAGCAAUCGCAUGAUCAUGUGAUAUUAAUUGUUGUUUAUUACUCAUUAAUUCGAAGGCGUAUGAGCCAAAUGUUCAAUAUUCAAUAACAAAUUGCGUCAUCUCUUUUCAUUUUGAUCUUUUUCAAAAUGUUUUAGAUUUUUUGAUAGAUACGGUCUGACAACUUUAUCUAUAUAGUAAGUUAAAUAAAUAUUGAAUGAAUUAGAUUAUACAGGAUUGAUUGCUAUCUUUGUGUAAGUACCUAACGUACUUAUUAGGAAAGUAAAUCUGUGGUAUAUUAGAUGCGUAUAUUCCUCUACACGAAAUAUUGUUCCAUUACAGUCAGAGAGGGGCUUCUAGAAGUUAUAGUUAUUUGAUCGAACAUCACAGAUCAAGUGAUUUUACAUCAAAUAGUUUCCCGCGAGGGACUCCGCCCGGGCUACUCGAUUUCAAAGUCCACAGUAUAGUAUAACAGCAGUAACUGUUUUAUUCAUAUCAAUCCCAAACUUGCUUUAACCGCUUCUUGAACAAAAUGACUACAGAAUAUAAUAUUAAGUACCUAUAUCGAAUUUACGGUGCUUACCUAAAUCCUUCAAUUUAGGUGCCUAAGUUUUAAAAAUACUAUGCAUAUAACCAGCUUAGUAUGUUUCCUAAGUUGUAUGGUUUUAUUUAAGUAGUUAUUAUAUCACUAUCUAUUUACAAAGUUUGCGAAAGUCUGCAUUCUGUCUUAUCUGGUUCAUAAAGAUAACAAAUCACUGAUAAAUAUGAAUAUCAAAUUCCAUUCAGACCAAAAUGUUUGAUGAUUGUUUAUAUAAUGCGAACCGAUUAUAAUUCCGGGGCCUCGUUAUAGGUACUUUUAAAGCACUUAGUGAUCAUGUGCAGAUUUUAAAUCUAGGCAUAUAGAGAGGAAUAUCGUGUGGCUACUUGCCUCAGACCAUACAACCAAGGCUGAAAGGUAGCUGUAGCUGUGAUUCAAGCAUAACGAUUCUUUCCUAGGUUUGGAUCAUAAAUCGUAAUCGUCGAUGGUAGUUUUUUUAUAUUUUAUUUCAAAAUAGCUUUCCAGGCAUUUCCAUGCUAAAAAUGUAGUGUUCACAAUAAGUUGAUAGGUAGGUAACUAGGUGUCGAAAAGUAAUUCGCGAUUGUCAGAUUUAAUACAUUUAAUAUUUAUUUUUUUAAUGUGUCUACUAUAUUAUAUUUUGCGUCGGUGAGUUGUCGCUUGAUCUCAGACAACGCUUGAUCUCAGGCAAUAACCAUGACAAUAAGUAUAUCUAUUAGACGUAGUAACCAUGCAUAUGUUGAUAUUGGGAUUAACGUUGAAAAAAAGCAAGAAAACUUCGAAUAUAAGCACAGAGCGUGUGCUCUGUGCUGUAAAAAUAAUGAUAUAUAUAUAUAUAUCAUUAUUUUUAUGACAAUAGCCAAAUUAGUCGAAAGUACGUUCGUCGUCCUGUCGAAUGCGCGUUUAUAGAAAACAUUAAAAAAUAAAUUACGACAACAAAAAAUUUUAAAAUUAAAAAAAUAAAUUAAAUUUUUUUUCGACAAACGUGUAUUCGAUUAAUAUAAUUUGAUAUUUAUAAGUAGAAUUAUUUCUGUCAUAAAUAAACCAGUUCGGCCAAACCUUACCUUGAUAAGAUCAGCAGCAGAAGCAGAAAAAACAAGCGUUUAUUCGACCAGUUGGGAUCGAUCAAGUGCUAUUCGGGAAAAUAAACGGGACUCUUAAAUACCUAUGUGCGUAGGUACUAUGUACCUGUUCUUAGUUUUAGAUAUGUCGUUCUUAUUAUGUUCAAAUGAUUUUGUAUGGUUUUAUUUUAUUAAAAGAAAAUAAUGAAGUAUAGUAGAGAUGAAUUAUUGUAGAAUAAUUUCAAGACCAAUAGGUACAUAACUAUGUAUACCUAUUGAGCAUUAAAUAAAUGUUGUAAUAAUGUAUGUAUGUAUGUAACUAAUAAUGAUGAUAUGAGUAUUUUUUUAGAAAACAAACGAUUGUCAGAAAGAAUUAGGUAACCAGUAGGUACUUACGUACCUUUGAUAAUCAUACUCUGAAUUAUUAUCUGCUAUUAUGUAGGUACCUAAUGGUACCUAUUAGUAGCAUUAGUCUGUUUCACAAAGACUUAGCAAUUUCUCUGUCUACAUUUUUAAAUAAUAAAUAACAUUACUAAAAUAAAAUUGUCAAAUUGCAUUUCUAUGUUUGAUAUAGGUACUAACCUAUAGGUACCUCCUACCUAUAGUAAAUUUUAACCUAUCGUUAAAGUUUCUACUCUGUUUAUCUUUUUGCUUACACCUAUUUAUUGAAAAUAUUAAACCAACAAAAUAGAGAAGUUGAAGUUAGUAAGUUUAAAGAAUCACUAUGAAGUAAUAGGUACCUACCUACAUUCCUACACAGUCAGUCAGUCAGUAGGUUGAGUUCUUUGUCAAAAUUAUCAAAUUGAAGUCACUGUAGGUACUACCUACGAUCUAUUAGUUUCAGUGUAAGCAAUUUGUUGUAGUUUAUUUUACAAUAAAUGUAAUUUUACUAUAGGUAGGUUAAAUUAAUUUUUCACAAUAAAUUAUAUUUAAACAUCAA